AUGACUCCCCCCUCACGCGGACGGGGCACCAGUCAGCGAAGUCCGACCGUCCUGGUCACCGACUCCCGCGACCAACAAUCUGCCUCUACACCCCGACGCCGACGAUCCCCGGCUACAAGAUUCAUCACCGUCGAUAAUGUCCUCCAAUAUGCCUCCGACGUUCCCUCUAUGCAGCAGCGGCAACCGCCGCCAAUUUCGAGAUCCCGCCGCCUUGCUUCAGCCACUGGCGGCUUGAUUGGUGCCGGGGGCAACAGCUCUACUGCGAUCUCGGGCUCCGGCGGAACUAUCGGGCGCCUUGCGGCGCAGCCGCGUCUGCCACCUCGAACGACUAAGGUUAGCGAGAAGCUGGUGCUCUUACCUGAUACUGGUAGUGUUGGAGAGCCGGAUGUUGAAGAGGAUGAUGAGGAUGAGAAUGAGGACAAUGAUGUUAUUGAUGAGGAGCUUGUUGAGCAGCUCUCAAGGGAGAGACAUGUUGAUCCGGAUGUCGUGCGGCAGCAAUUGCUGGCGCAGAAGCGGCUUGCUGGUGACUUUGGUGUGGACAAUGAUAUGGCGCCCCUGCUGGCUGACGAAGAGCACCAGCGCAAACGACGUGUUGGGCCUGAGCGCGCGAAGAGCUAUGCAGAGCGUCUGCCUAAGGCGCGUCGGACAGAGAAGCUUGCGCGUGUGACGGCAUAUUGCACGGCGCAGGCGUAUAAAAUGGGGUCGUUGGCUUCUUUUGUCAAGGAGUGGCAUGGUGCAAGGACGAAGCUUUAUGAUGAUUGUCUCUACACUGCAUAUCACACCCCUCUGCUGCCUGGUCAUGAGGGGUAUCGCUUGCGGAGUAGUCCGGUGGUCAAGUUCCCUGGUGGAAAGUCACUACUGGAUGAAGAGAUUGAGCGGAAUGAGCAGCGUGAUCACCAUGAUGAUUACGAGGCUGAGGAUCAUUCUGUUGGUGGUCAUAAUCGCCCUGGGGAGGGGCAUCCCCAUGAAGCUUCUCCUCGGGACUCUGAGGAACAUGGUUCUGGGGAGCAGCAUCAUCAGGGAUUCUUGAAUCGCAUUUCCGAGGAGGACAGUCGGAUUCAGGAUGACCAGCAGAAUGUAUCCAGCAAUAAUGGUGGUCUGCAUAAUUCGUCUCAGUCUGGACCUGAUGGAGAGCAUCAGGCCGAGCCAACACCUCGUCGCCGUCGAUACAGUUCUGAUGAUGGUCCAGUAUUCCGGGAACGAUCUUCCCCACCAAUGCCAGCAUCACAACCUCAAGCCCCCGCUCGGACUCUCUACAACGUGGCUGAGAUGUUCGUCUUCAGCUACGGCGUGGUGGUCUUCUGGAACUUCACAGAGCGACAAGAGAAGGACCUGCUAGCAGAUCUGGCAUUCGCUACCUCCUCGGCGACUGGCACGCCCAUCCCGCUGACCACAAUGCCUCUCCACGAAGAGGAUUUCGAAACCGAGGAGUUCCAUUUCGAAUACUCCACCGAGAUUUCCCGCCCGCGUGUCUUCAACGACAUGAUUACCCUCCGAAGCGGCGACCACAUGAUCAAGCUCGCCAUUAGUCACGGUAUCUCCCAAAGUACCAAGCUAUGCUUCUUCGAAGAGGUUAUGGCCCGCCAAAUGGCAGAUGCAAAGGACGUUCCCCGCCGCCUCGCCAUGACAGGCCAACUAGGCAUGAAACGCGAGGAAGUCUUCCGCAUCCUAGGCCGUCUAUUCAAGAGCCGCGUGGAGGUUAAUCUCUCAUCAAACAUGCUCGACGUCCCCAACUUCUUCUGGGAAAGCGAACCGACCUUGUGUCCCCUCUACAUCGCCGUGCGCGAAUACCUCGAGAUCAAACCCCGUAUCCAGGUCCUCAAUGAACGCUGCCGCGUCUUCCUAGACCUCGCAGAGAUCCUCUCCGACUCUAUCGCCGAUAACCGCACUUCCCACCAAACCUGGAUUAUCAUCAUCCUAAUCAUUAUCUCCAUCAUCGUAACCUGCUCAGAAGUCUUCCUUCGCUUUGGCCUCCUCCAUUCCAGCCAAAACACAAACUCCAACCCGGCGAGUAUCAUCGCCCGCGCAAUGGGCCGCUCUGUGCCCCCUUCGCCGCCAGCAGGCUGGUCCUAUAAUGGGGCGAAUAUUCCGCCUGGAUGCAUUUGCCCUUCUGUUCCGCCUCCUAGUGGGUCGAAUGUUGGUGGGUUGAGUGGGUAUGGGCUUUGA